AUGAAUGACAGUUCAAUAGAAAACAAUGAAAAUAAAUUUACAAUUAACAACGAUUUAAAAGAAGGAGAAGAAGAUAAACUUAACAAACAGGAAGAGGAAACAGAUAAAAUUACAUUUAAAUCAGAAAGUUUAAGUUCUAAAAUAAUGAAUGCUCGUAAUAGAAACAAAGAUGUUCUGGGAAACAAACGACCACAAAAUGAUAAGAAAAAAAUUAAUAGACUUUCUUUUUGUAAACGUGAAUCAAUACCAUCAUCACAACCAGAUCCAAAUCUUAAAUUCAAUAUAAUGAAAUCCUGUAAUUAUGAAUUUCCUCGUAACAAAGGACCUAUAAAAUAUCAAAUAUUUCAUUUUUAUGAUACUCCAAAAGUAAUUAGAAAAGAAAUCAAGAAUGGAUUUAACAUCAAAAAGACUUUAACAAUUAUUUCUUCUAAGAUUUUAAAACCAGAAAGUGAAGAAUAUAAAUCAGUGUCUAUGCAUGUAAAAUCAUAUAAACCUAUACCUCAAGUAUUGGAUUAUAAUGAUAACAGUGAUCAAUAUGAAUUUUCUAAUGAUAUUCAAUCAAUUGAUGAGUCAAUUUAUAAUACUGAGAGUGAAGAAAAAGAUUUGGUAGUUAAUAAAGAAGAAGAUAAUUUAUUAGAUGAAGCUAAUGACUCAGAAGAAGAGGUAGCUUUUAUUAAGAGAAAUACACAGAAACCUUAUUUUAGUACAACUGAUAUUCCAUGUGAAACACUUUUAGAUCCAAAAUUAUUUAUAAACUGUAGUUUAUUUAAAUGCCCAAUGAACAGUAAAAUUAAAAAGGACAUCCUUUAUUUUAUUAAAGAUAAAGAAAACAUUGACACUCAUUUUAUUAGUAAUGCUUUUAAUGUUAAUGAAAAGGAUGUUAAAGAAUUAUUUAGCGUUUAUGAUUAA